AUGGAUAUAGCUUCUCCACAUCACGAACCUGAGUUCUGGGAGCUAGUAUUGGAAGAGAAAUGGGAUAUAGUGAUUGAAAAAUACAAACAACAUAAUAAGUUUCACAAGAUAGAAAUCCAGGGAAGAGGAUCAGCAUUGCAUGUGGCAGUAAGCAGUGGACGCAAAGAUGUAGUCAAGAGUCUUGUAGAAGCAAUAUUAGAUCUUAAGGAUGAAACUAGUUUGAGAGAGUUGAAUAAACGAGGUGCAACUCCUCUUCACCUUGCAGCAUAUAGAGGAUUCACAGAUAUGUGUGAAAAUAUAAUUGGAAAAAAAGGUGAAAGGAAGUAUUUGAUUCAAGAGAAAAAUGAAAAUGGAGAAACACCACUUUUUUGGGCUGUGCGUGCACGUAAAGGAUUAGUGUUUGUUUACCUACAACAGUUUUUUCCUACUGAUAUCAAUAUUGCUAUUGAUAACAAUAAUACUAGCAUCCUUCAUGUUGCCAUUCAGAGUGAAAUGUUUGGUUUGGCAAUUAUAAUAAUGUAUUGCUACCAAGGACUCAUCUCUAUGAAGGACAAUGAUGACAUCAUUCCUCUUGAAAUUCUUGCUACUAGGACAUCAGCCUUCAAGAGUGGAAGUAGGCUAUCAUGGUGGAAACAAAUUUUGUACUAUUGUUUUACUAUAAGCCGCCGCGACGCAAAGACUACAAUGGAAUUGCUUCAAAACAACGUGAAAGGUGACUAUAGUGCAAUAGAAAUAUACGAUGUUGAUAAAUUAGAAAAGGCAUACAAAAUAAGACAUUCUUUUGCUCAAUCCUGUCACAACAUUCAAAAGUUUGUAUUCAGAUGGCCAAUCCUGUCACUAUUGGACUUAGAGGCAAUAAAGACUAUCAAGAAGAAUCACAUAUAUGGUGGCCAGCUCUUGGAAGAAUUUAUGAAAACACCUAUUGGGUCAUACAUAGGUGGUGGGGUUAAACCAGAUCUUGACAACUUAGAACGUGAUUUUGAAAUGGAAAAUAUUUCUAAAUUUCUUAAGAGCAAAAUGGAAGAAGGUGAUACCUCAAAGCAAGAGACAAAAGAAAAUAAAAAAAUGGAUGAUUCAACAAAUGUUGAUGGAAAAGAUACGACAUUUUUGUCAGUAGCAAAAAGUGGCAUAGUAGAAAUUAUGGAAGAGCUUAAUUCUAAAGUACCGGUUACAUCUGAUAAGAAAGGUUUAUUACUUGUAGCAAUGAAGAAUAUUAAAAUAGAAGUGAAGAGUGAUGUAAAGGACACAUCAUAUUUGAUUUCAGCAAGUCAUGGAAUAGUUGAGAUGAUGUCAGAUCUUCAAUCAAGCAUAAAAAGUGUGAUCUAUGAGACUAACUCUAACGAUGAAAAUGCAUUGCUUUUGGCAGUAAAGAAUAGACAACCACAUGUUAUUCAAUGGAUGCAGAAGACUUUACCUAGUGGAGUCGUUAAUCACCUAGUUCUACAAGUUGAUAAAAACCAGAAUACUGUGUUACACUUGGCAGCAUAUACAUCAUUUGAAAGAGAAAAUACUUGGAGGAUAUCUGGUGUUGUCAUGCAAAUGAUGUGGGACAUCAAGUGGUAUAAGUACAUCAAAGGACUAGUACCAGAGCAUUUCAAUAAUAAAGGCAACAAAGAAGGAAAAACUCCAAGUGAAAUCUUUAAGGAGCAACACAAAGUACUUCUACAAAACAGUGUUGAAUGGUUGAAAGACACAGCGGAGUCAUGCUCAGUUGUAGCAGCUCUCAUUGCUGGUGUCUCCUUUGCGACAUCAGGCAGUGUACCGGGUGGCAAUCAGCAAACAGGAGAACCUGCGUUAAAAGGACAACCUGCAUUUGAAGGAUUCGCUAUAUCUUCAUUAAUUGGACUUUACUUCUCUGUCACUGCACUCAUCAUGUUCCUUGCUAUACUCACUUCUCGAAAAGAAGUUGAAGACUUUCGUCGAAACUUGCCAAUGAAGCUUCUUUUUGGUCUGUGUUCUCUCUUCGUAUCCAUUGUUGCUAUGUUUGUUUCUUUCUGUGCUGGACAUUUCUUUGUGCUCACAGAUAAAUAUACAAAGGGAAGUAUCUUGUUCUAUUUAUAUAUUUCCAUUUGCCUACCUGUCACAUUCUAUGCAGCUGUGCAGUUUCCGUUAUUCAUUGAUCUUGUUAAAGUUAUUUGGAAGAAGGUUCCACCACCAAGUGUUAAGGGUGUUCUUUUAUAG